AUGUCGCUUGAUGAUAACAGUGCGUCUAAUUUUACUCAAGUAUUAUCAAACCUAUUUGGAGAAAUGCUUCUAGCAACAGAAGUAUCAGAUGAUAAUAAUAAUACAAAUAUUGACUUAUCGCAAUUUAUAACCGCAUUAAAGGAACAUUCACAUAAGAGCAGCAACGAUGGCAUGGAUUUUGGUGCUUUAGUGAAAUUGGUGGAUGGCUGGAGGAGUAAAUUGAAUUUGACAAAACCCAUAGAGACAACACCCUGUAAUUACUGUGAAGGAGGUUUCCGGGAAUUCAUCCUCGCCUACAACAACGUCCACGGCUACGUUAGUCUAAUCGUAUGCUUCUUCGGGAGUUUAGCGAAUGCUCUAAACGUUGCUGUGUUGACGAGACGUGACCUGGCCGCGGCUCCAAUCAACCGCUUGCUGAAGUGGCUCGCGGUCGCUGACGUCUUUGUGAUGAUGGAGUACGUGCCAUUUGCCGUGUACAGAUAUCUUAUCUUGCCUGGGCAACGUGAGAUGCCGUACAACUGGGCUGCAUACUUGCUGUUUCACAUGCACUUUGCGCAAAUUUUUCAUACAGCUUCCAUUUUUCUAACACUCUCACUGGCUGUUUGGAGAUAUGUCGCCAUAAAAUAUUCGGAUAAAAACCACAUCCUUUGCACGGAGAGACGUUGCAGCGCGGCCAUACUAAGUAGCUUUGUCCUCCCACCAAUACUUUGUGUUCCUACUUUUCUGGUAUUUGAUAUCCACACGGCCGUGGUUUUGGAACCAAGCGGGCCUAUGAUUUUAUAUCACGUUGAUUCGGACCACGAAGGACAGUUGUAUCAAAUAAAUUUUUGGGUACACGCAGUUGUCAUUAAAUUACUACCAUGUUGUAUAUUAACAGUAAUCAGUUUGUGGCUGAUACGAGAAGUUUAUAGCGCAAAUGAACAUCAAAGGAAAAUUCGAGUUUAUAACUCAUGUCCGACAAAUAAUAAGACGGGCAAACGUCAAAACAAAGCAGACAAAAGAGCGAAUAGAACUACUAAAAUGCUAGUAGCAGUGUUGUUCUUGUUCUUGGUGACGGAGUUACCACAAGGAAUCCUGGGACUUUUAAGCGGUCUACUAGGUCGAUGCUUUUUCAAAGGAUGCUACGAUCUUUUUGGAGAGUUGAUGGAUGCAUUGGCUCUGCUGAAUGGAGCUAUAAACUUCAUACUAUACUGCACCAUGUCAAGGCAGUUUCGGAUGACAUUCCGCCAACUAAUGUGGCGAGCUUAUAUUCACAAGUGGCCUCCACCUCCAGUUUCACAUUCCGAUGGUUUAAAUACGGUAAAAACAUCGGUUCCGUGA